AUGAAACUUGUGACUGAUGGAGUCUGGUCUCUGUCCAGAAUGCACUUGAGGAUACUGAGAACUGCAGAGGAAUGCAUGAGGUCCCACGCGAUUGUUCCCUUCGAUGUACUGAAAAGCAGAUCUCGAAUAAAAGGAAAUUUCAUGGAACAUGCAAUAGACCUAUGCAAGCUCAAGUUUCUCUCCUAUGUGGAGAACGGGUACAAGCUAACGUAUUCUGGACAUGACUGCCUUGCAAUCAAUACGUUAAGGCAGCGUGGGCUUGAGGCGAUGGGGGAAAAGGUGGGUGUUGGAAAGGAGUCCGAUAUCUAUCUAGGUGUGUAUGGCGGCAGAGAGUCCAUACUGAAGUUCCAUAGGCUUGGGAGAAUCAGCUUCAGAAAUGUUCGGAGGAACAGGAGAUAUGGCGGAGAGGGGACAGACUGGCUUGAAUUGUCGAGAAUAUCUUGCCAAAGAGAAGUCAUGUAUCUCGAGAAGUUCAAGGACAUGGAUGUUCCCGCAGUCUUCGACCAUGACAGACAUGUUGUUGUGCAGGAGUUUCUCGACUAUCUCCCCCUGUACAAGACAAGAGUAUCAAAUGUAAGGACGAUUUGCUACCUUAUGAUAGGAUUUAUUAAGGACCUGUGGAAGAGGGGGUAUGUGCACGGAGAUUUCAAUGAGUUCAAUGUUCUGGUGAAGGACGACAUAAAGGUCAUAGACUUUCCCCAGUGCAUCCAGAGCAGUGACGAGAGAGCGGUUUACUAUCUCAGGAGGGACCUCGAGUGUGUUCUGGCCUAUUUCAGGAAGAAGUAUGGAUAUGAGCCUGAGGACGGGUGUUCCAGGUUUAUGGAUGAGCUUGGGGUUGGGGACAGGUCUCAUGGACCGCAUAAGCCGGGUGUUGAAGACCUGUCUGCCUGCUCGACUGCUGAGAGUGGUGUUCAGAAGGAGAUGGAGCUGCUGGGAUUAAGAGUAGACGAUGUUUCUGCCUUGGAUGGCCGGAGUGCUUGA